CGCCUUGUCAUAUGAGAAGCUAUUUUUUUUUUAGAAAAAUUUUUGGAUUUCUACCAAUAAAAAUAUUAAUUUAAAUAAUUAAAUAUCGAUAAUUAGCCGGUUUAAUUUAUCGCCGCCGAGCUUUUAUCAAUUUUUUUCUGUGACGGAAAUCAACGUAAACAGCCGAACGCUCCCCUCGAUCAAAAUACAAAAUAAUGUCCCUGAAGUGAUUGCAAAUAGUAAUAAUUAUAGAAAGUGAUUCCCUUGUGCCUAGUGAUUUUCGUUUAAAAUUAAUUCGAUGAUUAAUACGCGGUUUGUUUAGUUUUCAUAUCGGCGCCGCAAACCAGUGAGCCAGUUCGGACUGUCCGAAUUUCACACAUACCAAAUACAAUAAAAUCAAAAUAGUCCUUCCCCCCUAAAAAUGUUAUCUAUAAAUUAAUGAUCUCAUACUUUAAGUAAAUACAAUAAUUGUGUUGUUUGUCAGUAGCAGGGGAAGUAUAACAUGCUAGGAAAAUGAAGAAACAAUUUUUUCGAGUGAAGCAACUCGCUGACCAGACUUUUCUCAAGGCUGAAAAAAGUGAAGUUCUAAACCACGAAGAACUUCAACUAGCAGAUCAAAGAGUGGAUGUAUUACGUUCAGCUUUGGUAGCUGUGAACAAAAAAAUAUGUCCUAAUGGGCCAAUUAGCGAUAAGGAAAAACGAUUGAAAAAAUGUCUAGAAUACCAGAUUGGAUCAUCAUUUGUGGAAGAAGCAAGAGACGAAAAAGACUGCAUCCUUUUGCAGCAUGUUUUGAAGAUAUCUGGUAAUGCCGAACAAGAUUUAGCAAAAGAAUAUGCCGAACACGAAGCCAAAGUGGAAGAAAUGGUUUACGGUCCCUUACAAAAGGUGAUCGAAAACGAACUGCCCAGUAUUCUAAAGCAAAAGCACAAUUUGAAAAAAUAUUGCCUGGAUAAAGAUUCGGCCAGUAACAGGUAUCAGGCUACCAAGAAAGAGACCUUAAAAGAGGACAUGGAAGAAGCGGAAAGUAAAGUGGAACAAAGCCGAGAUGCCUUGGCCAUAGAAAUGUACAACUUAUUAGGCAGAGAAAACGAGCUGUCUUCUUACAUUUUACAAUUGCUCAAACUGCAAAGGGGCUACCACGAAAGUGCCUUGAAAAAUUUGGAAAAUAUUAUACCUCAACUAGAAAAAACUAUUGGCGAUAGUCCCGUUAAAAGGGUAUUUGGUGUAUCUUUGCAGGAACACUUGAGAGUGAAUGGUAGAAGAUUGGCUUAUCCUUUAGAAAUUUGCGUUACUGCUUUACAAGAACAUAGUAUGAGCGAAGAGGGAUUGUUCAGAAUAGCAGGAGGAUUAUCUAAAGUUAAAAGGUUAAAAGCUGCAAUUGACAGUGGAUGUUUUGCUUAUUUAAUACCUGAAUAUAAUGAUCAUCAUGUUCUUGCCAGUACUUUGAAAUCCUAUCUAAGAGAAUUACCAGAACCCUUGUUGACCUAUCAUUUGCACAAAGAGUGGGUGCAUUCGAUGCAAUACCCGGAUAAUCAAAAAGUAGAAGUAGUUAAGCAUUUAUUGAAUAAGUUACCUCAAGAAAACAAAGAUAAUUUAGCCUAUUUAAUACAGUUUUUGGCUAGGCUAACCGGUCACACUGAAAACAAAAUGUCUUCCUCUAAUAUAGCCAUAGUUAUGGCACCGAAUUUACUUUGGAACAAAAAUGAAGAAAUGAAUGUGAAUAUGGGUAAUUGUGUUACAAUAAAUAUGUUAGUGGAACUAUUGAUAAAGGAAGUCAAUCAGUUUUUCCCUGAUGAAAUUACAGGCCUUCUUACCAUUGCCGAUUUAUAUCAGGAUGAGGAACUAUUAAGACAUAAUGGAAAAUUCCCUCUAGAUCAUACAGACGCGACCAGUACAGAAAACCUAGUAGACAGUCCGAGGCCCAAUCUACGUAAAAAGAAACCGGCUGCGCCAGUACCACCCAAUGCAACCAAUCACCGAAACGAGUUUGAUCACAUGACAGAUAAACUGAGCAACAGUUACCCUUCUGGGAGUUCUACAUUGAAUCGACCUCCAAAACCGAAAGAACCUCCCGCCAAAAUGAGAACCAGUACCGGAGUUAAUACAGAAGAAAACGACCUUAGUCUGUCAAGGAAAAGAAGUUUUUCCAAGGACGACAUCAAAUUAGUUAAUAUUGCAGCCAGUAUAAGUCAAAAUGUUGUUCAAUCAACUGUUGUUGCUCAACCUCUAGUCAGCAAUGAUGUCAGUAAAGUAGGAUCAAAAUCUCCUCAUACUGUACUGGAGGAACCUGAACGUAAUUUUAAAACUACAGUGACGCAUCAUGUUGGAUCUUCUGCUAAUGAAGAGUCAAAUUCAAUUCCAAAACCGGUAGCAGCUCCAAGGCCGUCUCUUUUGUCUGAUGAACGUACUCCAUCUGGAAAUAUUUCACGCAAUCCUUCAAUACGCUCGAUGAGCGGUAGCGACAUUAUGAGCAAAUCAAACAACUCGGCUGAAUUCGGUGAUGUCCAAUUGAGACGAAAAGAGAUGCUGAACAAACCUGAAGUUCCCGCUAGGCCUUCGACUUUGAUGUCUGUAAAGAGAUCAUCUAUGGACAUUGAUCCGACGUUACAAAAGACACAGUGUUCCGUUUACAGUGUUGCCAACAAACAGCAACCAAGUAUAGUUAAUAUUCAAAAUAGGACUGAGAAAAUUCAGUUGGGACAUGACGUUAUGAUGGCUGAAAAAGAGAAGUUUUUAGGUCACUUCCCAGCUCCCCGUGCCAGCCUCGAAAACAAAUUCAAUGACAUAAAUUCGAACAGGGAUCGAUCAAGACCCACAUCCACAUCGGGCGAUAUGAAACCAACAAUACCACCAAAAUCGCCGAGUCUAAGUAAAUCGAAUGAAAAACUAGACAUCGCACGCUCAAAUGACCAACUAGAAAUGCUCAAGCCUCAGGACGAUAAUUUAUUCGAUAAAAUAAUGACGUCAAAGUCUUCGGAAAAAUUGAACGAGCUCAACGAGAAUCGGUUUUUGAACAAAGCUAGUCAUACCAGGACACGUUCGGACGGUAAUAUUAUGGAAUUGGGGUUACUGCACACGCCCCCUUCGCCUAGGAGUUUGAACAAGCCCACCGAACCGCCUCCGCCGCCUCCUGUAAUUAAAAAACCCGCACCUGAGAGUACAGACUUCUGAACUCCUUCCCAAAAUGUGAUGCUAAACUUAGUGAGAAAUCAUUCUAUUAUUAUUAUUAUUAUUAUUUGUAGAUUUUUAAAUCUAUUUUUUUCUUUUUUUUUUUGACUGAACAAAUAAUUUGUUUGUUUGGAUGAAUUAGUUUUGACAAUCAUCUCAAGCACAAAAGGACUACGGAAGAAAUUGAUUAGUCAAAUUUAAAUGUGUUGAUAAUAAUUCGUUAAUCAAAACAGCAAAUUUGUUGCAUUUUCGUAUAUUUAGGUGAAAUUUUUAAAGCAUUUUUGACACAAAAGAAUUAAUUGUUUUUUAUGUUUAUAAUACUCGAAGGGCUUAAAUUGAUGUUUCAGUUAAACUAAAAGUUUAACCAAACAUUAAUUUAGGAUCACCACUGAAAGUAUCGUGUUUUCGUGUUUAUUGUAUAACAAUCAGCGGUAUUUUUGUUUGUAAGCUUUUUAUAUUAUUAAAAGAGAGAACCCGAUUUUUUUUUAGCCAGUAAAACUGCAAUAAUUAUUAACUGUUUAUACGCCUAUUACAAUAAAAAAAUCUUAUUUAUA